AUGUUCCCUGCCUAUGACGUCCCACAUUCCCACUUUCAUUGUCGACAUGGCGCUGGCGAGGUGGGAACACCAACUACGGAAAGAGCAAAUCUCGUAAAGACAAAAAAAACAAAAAAAAAAAACAAGGAAAAGACUCCACGGAUUUACAUUUUCAUACUUUAGACGGCAGUCCAGAUUUGGAUUAACAGUGUUGAGCAAGAUGAUGUCUGAUGCCAGUGACAUGUUGGCAGCAGCCUUGGAGCAAAUGGAUGGUAUCAUAGCAGGCUCCAAGGCUCUGGACUACUCCAAUGGCAUCUUUGAUUGUCAGUCCCCAACAUCGCCCUUCAUGGGCAGCUUGCGAGCCCUGAACUUACUGGAGGACCUGAGGGGUGUUUUAGAGCUCAUGGACACUGAGGAGAGAGAGAGCUUGCGUUGUCAGAUCCCAGACUCUACCGCAGACAGUCUGGUGGAGUGGCUGCAUGGUCACCUGUCAAAUGGACACAUCUCAAUCACCGGUGACGUUUACCAGGACAGACUUAAUCGUCUUGAAAGUGAUAAAGAAUCCCUUGUGCUUCAGGUGAGUGUUUUGACUGAUCAAGUGGAGGCGCAGGGAGAAAAGAUAAGGGACCUAGACCUGUGCCUUGAUGAACACCGUGAGAAACUAAAUGCCACCGAAGAAAUGUUACAACAGGAACUCUUGUGCCGAUCAGCUCUUGAGACUCAGAAGCUGGAACUGAUGGCAGAGGUUUCCAACUUAAAACUAAAGUUAACAGCCAUGGAGAAAGAGAGACUCGAUUUUGAUGACAGAUUCGGAGAUAGUGAGGGUUUGAUUUUGGAGAUUAAUGAACUGAGAUAUCGCAUUUCUGAGAUGGAGAGUGAACGGUUACAGUAUGAAAAGAAAUUGAAAUCCACUAAGGAGGAGCUGGUUACGUUGAGAAGGCAGCUUGAUGGCAGAGAUGGUGAUCUGAGGAGGCUGCAGGAUGAGACGGGGUCCAGAUCCCCAACGCCUGCAGGCCUAGACAGCACAGAGAGAGUUUUCCAUACUGAGGAAACAUUAAAAAAGAGGCUCAAAGAGAAACAUAUGGAAGUACAGAAGAUGAAGAAAGCAAUGGAGUCGUUGAUGGCGGCAAAUGAGGAGAAGGACCGCAAGAUUGAAGAGUUGCGACAGUCACUCAUGCGUUACAAGAAAGUGCAAGAAAUGGUCAUGUCAGCUCAAGGGAGAAAAGAUAAGGUCAAAGACGGAGACAGUGAUGAGAGCAACAGCGACAGCUCCCUAUCCAUGUCCACCGCCCUCUCCGUUUCCAUGGACACGGAGAAGUCUCUGCUCGCUUACACAGAGGAAGUUGCUGUGAGGGGUCAAAAUGAGGCGGCUACAUUUGUCAGUACACUCCAAGUGCCAUCGUUCACAGUAUCAUCCCCAGACAAAGCAGACAGUGAUCCAGUACUGGAACACAUGCAGUCAUCAAGUGAUAAAGAGUGUCAGGAGCCAACACAAUCACAGGAGACCCCAUUACAUGAGAGUCCUGAAACAUCAGAUGUCACAAAAUCAGGAAGCCAGGACAACCUCGAUGAAAAAGCCAGUGAAAAGAGGCCAUUAGCAGUAGAUCAGAGGCCAGCAGAGAGCAAAGCUUUUGAUGAGUUCAACAAGAUUACAACUCUACCACCCAAAUCCCCAAGCUCCUCUCGUACUGCUGAGGAUGACAGCUUCGGCACCAGGAAAAUGAGAUCUUCCUUUGGACGGGGAUUCUUCAAGAUCAAGGGAGGGAAGAGGACUGCUAGUGCCCCUAAUUUGGCUGAGACAGAGAGGGACGGCACUGACCAUCUGGAUCUGGCAGGCAUGCCGCAGAGGUCAGCUGACAGUGACAGCACACACACUCUCCCCAUUUCGCCGGAGGGCAAGAAAAAGUCUAAAGGAAUCAAAGCACUCUUUGGAAAACUCAAAAGAAGUCAAUCAACCACAUUCAACCUGGAUGAUAACCUAUCAGAGAGUGAGUUUAAACGGGGUGGAGUCAGAGCCACAGCUGGGCCCAGGCUGGGCUGGUCACGUGACCUGCAGAACACCAACAGUGAGCUGGAUGCGCCAUUUGCACGCUGGUCCCGGGAGCAGGUGUGUGAUUGGAUGCAGGAGCAGGGACUGGGGUUGUACGUGAGUUUGGCAAGACAGUGGGUCUCCUCUGGCCAGACGCUCUUGCAGGCAUCCCAGCAGGAUCUGGAAAGAGAGCUGGGAAUAAAACAUCCUCUCCACAGAAAGAAACUCCAGCUGGCCCUGCAGGCACUGGGCUCAGAGGAAGAUGACAACAAGAGCAAACUAGACUACCACUGGGUGACAAGGUGGCUUGAUGACAUCGGCCUCCCACAGUACAAGACUCAGUUUGACGAGGGCCGUGUGGAUGGACGGAUGCUUCACUAUAUGACUGUGGAUGACCUGUUAUCUCUGAAAGUAGGCAGUGUUUUACAUCACCUCAGUAUUAAAAGAGCCAUCCAGGUGCUCCGGCUCAACAACUAUGACCCCAACUGUCUACGGCGAAGACCUUCAGAUGAGAACAACAUAAGUCCUGCUGAGAUCUCUCAAUGGACCAACCACCGUGUGAUGGAGUGGCUGCGGUCCGUUGACCUGGCUGAAUAUGCACCCAACCUGAGGGGCAGUGGAGUACAUGGAGGACUGAUGGUGCUGGAACCUCGCUUUAAUGUGGAGACGAUGGCUCUGUUACUAAAUAUUCCCCCUAAUAAGACUCUGCUGCGGAGGCAUCUGGCCACUCACUUUAACCUGCUGGUAGGUUCUGAGGCCCAGCAACUCAAACAGGAUUGUCUAGAGAACCCAGACUACACCUUACUCACUGCCACAGCUAAAGUCAAGCCACACAAGCUGGCAUUUGGAGGUUUUGGUAGGAAGAAGAAGCAAGAGGACAAUGAAGAGUAUGUUUGUCCCAUGGAUGUGGAGAUGCCUAAAGGACGCAGCUUCCAGAAAGGCUACAGAGGCAUGGAGCUCCAGAUCUAUGAUGAUGACCUAGAUCGAUUCGACCAGAUGGAGGACUCUGAGGGGACAGUAAGGCAGAUUGGCGCUUUCUCUGAGGGCAUCAACAACUUAACGAGUAUGCUGAAAGAGGAUGAGUUCUUCAAGGAGAUAUCCACGUCAUUUCCCAAUGCCAACAUGAAGGAUGAUGACUCCAACGUGUGAGGGCACUGCAGGGACACUCUCACCCCUAGUGCUGCUGCUUUAAUCGGAAGUGACUGUGCCAAUUCCUCUGCCAACACCUCCACACACGCACCUCCAUCUGAAUGCCAAAUAUAUCAAUCACAGCCAUGUCAACUCAUCAAAACACCAUUUUAAAGUAUUUCAGUUGCCUUUUAAGAACAUUUUGAUGAAUUAUUAUGUCUCCCGAAGGUAGAUGGAAGAAUGUCUGCCCUGUUUUUUAAUCAGAUUGUUAGUGGUCAUUUUUGUUUUUGUGGAUCGAUAUGAUAUGAGUAGCAGUCCUACUGUAGUUUGCUGGUCUAAAAUAAAAUCUGUGACAGUUAUGGUGGCAGAAGAGCACAAUGACACUUUCAGUCAAAAUCAAAGAUAUAUUUUACUAAAUUGUUGAUAGAUUGAAGUUGUACACUGCCAAUUAUGAAACUAGCAUGUAUCUAUAUUUUAAAUGAAAGCUCCAGGUGCAGUCUUAAACUUAAAUGUUUGGAGGUUUUUUUUCUUUUUGUUUCUUUUUCUUUUUAGUUGUUUUCGACCUGUACAAUUUAUAAAGCCAGUACAUGCAUUGAUACAGCAUAUGCUUAACGCAUUUGCAUGCAAAACUCUGUACAAUAUAUUUUACAUCCAGUUUGUAAAGGUUUGCAUGUUAUUUAAGUCUCAUUUGGAUAAAAUAUUGUUACUUUAAUAAAAGUUCGUUGUGAAUUAUUUUUCCACUGCUGCAGUACUUAAAGGAUAGCAAUAAUGUUCUCGUUUAUGGAAAUGCUAUCAUGUAGCAUGAAUCUUUAAUGCAAUACUGGCAUGUGCACAAAAUUGUAAGCACCUGAAAAAUGUAUUUAAAAUAUAGUGCCACUCAUAACCAUUUCAGAGUUACAUGUUUGUACUUCAUUGACUUUUGCUCGUUUUCAAAGGUGAAUAAAACACUGAAAGCA